UGACGGGUCAAACACAGACACAGCAAAGAUGGCGUCGCUGAGUGACAAAUCAGUUUGGGAUGAAGUGGAAGAUGGAAUCGGGGAAGAAGUGUUAAAAAUGUCUACAGAAGAGAUAGUUCAGCGUACUCGACUACUCGACAGUGAGAUAAAGAUAAUGAAGAGUGAAGUACUGAGAGUUACCCACGAGCUUCAGGCGAUGAAAGACAAAAUCAAGGAAAACACGGAGAAGAUAAAGGUGAACAAAACCCUACCAUACCUGGUUUCCAACGUGAUCGAGCUCCUGGAUGUAGACCCCAAUGAUCAGGAAGAGGAUGGAGCUAAUGUGGACCUGGACUCCCAGAGAAAAGGAAAGUGCGCUGUCAUUAAAACGUCGACUCGGCAAACAUACUUCCUACCGGUGAUCGGCCUGGUGGAUGCGGAGAAGCUCAAACCCGGAGAUCUGGUAGGAGUCAACAAAGACUCCUAUCUGAUUCUGGAGACCUUACCCACCGAGUACGACUCCAGAGUGAAAGCCAUGGAGGUGGACGAGCGCCCGACAGAGCAAUACAGCGACAUAGGAGGGCUGGACAAGCAGAUCCAGGAGCUGGUAGAGGCCAUUGUCCUGCCUAUGAACCACAAAGAGAAGUUUGAAAACCUGGGCAUUCAACCCCCUAAAGGAGUCCUGAUGUAUGGACCUCCUGGCACAGGAAAGACCCUUCUGGCCAGGGCUUGUGCUGCACAGACCAAGGCCACCUUCCUGAAGCUGGCAGGUCCACAGCUUGUUCAGAUGUUCAUUGGAGAUGGUGCCAAACUAGUGAGGGAUGCCUUUGCUCUGGCCAAGGAGAAAGCUCCAUCCAUCAUCUUCAUAGAUGAGCUGGAUGCCAUAGGAACCAAAAGAUUUGACAGCGAAAAAGCAGGAGAUAGAGAAGUGCAGAGGACCAUGCUGGAGUUGCUCAACCAGUUGGAUGGUUUUCAGCCGAAUAUGCAGGUCAAGGUUAUUGCAGCCACUAACAGAGUGGACAUUCUGGACCCUGCGCUACUGCGUUCGGGACGUCUUGACCGAAAGAUUGAGUUCCCAAUGCCAAAUGAAGAGGCCAGAGCUCGCAUCAUGCAAAUCCACUCUCGCAAGAUGAACGUCAGUCCUGAUGUGAACUACGAGGAGCUCGCCCGCUGCACAGAUGAUUUCAAUGGAGCCCAGUGUAAAGCAGUGUGCGUUGAGGCCGGAAUGAUUGCACUUCGGCGUGGUGCCACUGAGCUCAACCAUGAAGAUUACAUGGAGGGAAUCCUGGAGGUCCAGGCCAAGAAGAAGGCAAAUCUGCAGUACUAUGCCUGAGUUCAGUACUUGUUUGUUUUCAUUGUUUAAAAAAUUGCAAUGUGAGCAUUUUCUGAUUAACCUAUUAAUCAAAUAAAUAAAUCAUUGUUUGGACUUU